AUUAUUUAAAUAGAUAAGGAGAGACCCUCUUGUGAAAGUUAAAGACAAUAAUGCAGUGGAGAUAUUAUUGCUCUUGUUUUAUCCUACUUUUAUUUUUCUCUCUUCUACAUGGAGCCUUGACUUCAAUUUCUAUAUCAGAUAGAAUUUUUGUGUACCCAAUUUCAACUGGGAGAAAUCUUCUUCAGGCUAAGGAUGCUUGUCCUGUUAGCUUUGAGUUUCAGAACUACACUAUCAUCACUAGCCAAUGCAAGCCACCACGAUACCCAGGCAAACAAUGUUGCGAUGCUUUUUUACAGUUUGCUUGUCCUUUCGUCGAAAGUCUGAAUAAUCAAUCAAAUGACUGUAUCUCUGUAAUGCACGGUUACAUCAAUCAGUAUGGACAUUACCCAACUGGUCUUUUUGCCAGUGUGUGCAAAGGUACACAGCAAGGUCUGCCUUGUCCUGCAUUAGCACCAUCACAAUCAGCUGAUCGCGAUGAUACUAGUAGCAGCCAGAUAAACUGUAAACUAUCACUAGUUUACAGUUUUGCCACAACUUUUAUGGGGAUCUUGAUGUUGAUGUUGCUUUUCUGAUAUUUAUAUCACAAGAGAACAGGUUUUGCUCAUAUUUCUGUAUUUAAAGGUUUGAUUUUUAGAUUGUUAUUGACGAUUUUUUACAUAUUUAUGUAUGUAUGUAUGUAUGAUUCGAUCGAUUUGCACCUAUAUGGUGGUAUACCUUAUUACACUUGAAUUUCCCAUGUA